AUUUCUGGGAGCAAUUCCCAGUUUUCUUCAGGGCUGACAACAGUUUCGCACUGGAACAAGUGCCGCUUGUCCCCAGUUAACCUGUUCCCCUUGUUAAAUACAUAAGGUGGACGCCUCAGGCUCUGGCCAGACCUUGGCCGUGAAACGGAGUCGCAUAACCGGCUCGACUGAGUGUUGUUUAAUGGGUCUUGUCUCGUAACCGGACCAAUAAUGCCAAACAUUUACGGCCCGCUCCAGUUUGGACGAAUAUGAAUGCCUGCCAUCGUCUGGGGCGUUCAAAUUAUGAACCGAAAAGUGAAAUGUGAAAUUUACGGCGAUUGCAAUCAAUAGCCUAGUGGCCUGCACUGAGCGAAAAGCGCUUUGAAUAUAAUGAUAUUUGUGGUAAUUCGAUUUCUUAAAGCUUAAGAGCGCUCUCGCUCUUACUCAUGGUCUUUCUAUGCGAUUCUCAUGGCAAUAGUCAGCUAAUUUUUUGAGGGCUUGUGUCUGUUUCAUGUGACAGGAAUGUGUUUUCAAAUCUAGAAUUGGCAACUUGCAGCCAGUUGACAACUUUGGGACUGGCGCUGACAACGCUGCUAAUGACAGCUGCCGCGCUGUCGCCGCCGCAGCCAGCUGACCAUUUGCUGCCGCCGCCGGCGCCACCAGCACCAACAGCAGCAGCAGCAGCGCUGCCCGUAGCGCAACGGCUGACACAUGCCGGCUACUCGGAACCGGCGCAGGAAGCUGGCUUCAUGACACGCGUCGCCCGGUGGUUUGGCUUGGGCGGAUCUGGAACCGCCGCCCGGGAGCAGCAGCUGAGCGCCAGUUCGCUGAGCUAUGCAUAUCCGAAGCCGACGCAGAACUUUGAUGCCGCUGGCAAGCCAUGCGGCCUGUGCAACAAGUAUCCCUGGGUGCCCAUGUUUGGUCAGCAGCAGCCGCCGCACAUACAACAGCAACAGCUACAGCAGCUGCCGCAUCACCAGCAGCUCCCGCAUCAGCAGCAGAUCUCGGCGUGGCAACAGCAGCCGCUGGCGCAGGCAUCGCAGCAAAGGCAACGCGCCGUGCAGUUUCAUGCGCCGCCGCAGAGCGUCUUUCUGCCCAUCUCGGUGCCAGUGCCGGGGCUGAGUCAUGUGGCAAUGCCUCCAGUUUACAAUGCCCAACCAUUCCGGCCGCUGCCACAGCCACAGCCGCAGCCGCAGCAGCCGUAUCCGCUAGAGAAUUUUGGCGCACACUCGGAGCUACGACCUGUGCCCGUGGUGGCCUCAACAACGCCUCGAUCUGCAGCAAGGCAGCCGAGCAGCAGCUUUGAGAUCGUUCAAAGCCAUCAGCUCACCGAUUUUAUCACCUCCGUGGAGUACCCUGCCACCUAUGUGCAGUCGCAUGCCAUUGAUCUGGGACAGACGGCAACGUCCGUAACACCGGUGCCCGCGAAUCACAGGCCCCUGCAGCAGCUACAGCAGCAGCAGCAGCAGGAGGAGGAGCCACAGCAGCCGCUGGACAUAAGCACUGUGCGCUAUCAGCUGGAGGAUCUGAGCAGCGGAGCAGUGCACCAGCAUUUGCCCGCCUCGCAGCUGCUAACGGAACUGGGUCACUUUACGGCGUCCAACGCAGAGGCGCAGACAACUUUAACCCCGCCGGCGGAUAACUAUCCGGCGGCUUCCUCGCAGCAGCAGCACCAGCAGGAGCAGGAACAGGAACAGCAGCAUCUGUACUAUGCCGAACAAUACCAGGAGCUGGCCGAGACCAGCACGGUGACGCCCCUAUACGAGCAGCUGAUCUACACCACAGAGCCGCCGACUCCGGCAGCUGUGGAACUGAACAAUCAUUUGGUGUCGACGCAUGUGCGCGACGGACGGCAACGGGAAACGCCAAAACGGCUGCUCGACUCGCCCAUCAAUCAUGCCCAGGCCGGUGCUCCGCCGCCACGCCCAUUUACGCGCGAUCCCGCCGAGCUGAACUUCCGCCUGAGCCAGCCGACGCAUGCGCCUACACCAACCUCCACGUAUGGCGCCAUCGAUGCCAGCGGUCAGUAUGCGGGCAUGUCGCCGCCGGGGCCACAGCAGGUAAUUAUACCCUAUACGACCAAGCAGAAGCCGCGUCCCUUCGAGCCACCAAACUGGACGCCCGGCUGGCGGCUGAGACCCGCUCCGGCGCAAGAGAACGAUGUGGAGCUGCACGAGCAGCAGGAAUCGAAGCUGGUGAGCUCGGCGACAGCGGCGCCGCCACCAAAUACGCGACGCACCACCAAAUAUCUGACCAAAAUACUCGCCUCCAAUUUGCGCGAGCUGCUCAAACGGGAGCGCGAGACAAAGCGACAGCGUCCCGCCCACUUUGGUGUGGACAUCUCCAAGCUUCAGCACAACAUUGACGGCUGGACGGAGCAGGAGUACAAUUCGUUGUCGCAUCGCCCCAGCACCCCGACCAUACGCGGCCGCUCCAAACACAUACCCACUGAGUACCUGACCACGACGACGCCGGCGACACCGACGGCCACUUCGACAACCAUGCGGCAGUCGAAGACAACGCGCGGCGGCGGCGGCGGCGGCGGCGGCGGCUUUGAGCUGGGCGGCAGCGCCACAGCCAGCGUGGCCAAUGGCGGGGAUCUGUCCACCUCGAUUAACAACUUGGAGCAGCUGCACCUAAGGCGUUUCCCGCCCGUCGAUGACAACCGCCUGCUGCCCGAUUAUUACGAGGCGCUGCAUCGGCACAGCCAAACCCCACGUAGCACGACACCUAUGCCAACCGUCACGCCCACUAGCACAACAACGCCCACAUCGACUGCAGAGCCGACACGGAAUACGGUUACGCCGCUUUAUGUGCGCAGCACGGCCCCCACGCCGGCGCCCAUCGAGCUGUGGAAGCAGGCCAAGGUGGCCAUUCUCCCCGACACCAAUGAAAAGGUAUAUGUGGUCACCCCACAACCGCGCCAUCAGCCCCAACAGCCUCAGCAGCAGCAGCACGGCGAGCUGUCCGCAUCCGCAUCGGUGCCUGCACCGGUCUACCAAACGCCAGCACCAAGAUUUCCGCGUGUGAGACCCACGCCAGGCACGGCGACAGUUAGUGGCGAUCUGAUGGUCGCCACGCCCACACCCUCAACGGAACAGCUGCGCAACUAUACGCCGGACAUAUUUGGUCUGAUGGGUCUGUCCGCGUAUGUGCCAGCGGAGCCUGUGGAGAUCAUUGAUGGCAAUUCCAAAGUUAUCACGAUUGUGACGUCGGCGCCAGCUGCGGCUGCGCUACAGCGACCAACACCAAGGUCCACGAUAUCGCCCAGGCCCAGAUAGAGCUACUCCCGGGACGCAGCCGACUCAGCAGAUCCGAGUGACCAGCAACCGGCGCAUCUAUUGUAAUAUAUUUCCCCAGGCCGAUUGGAUGGAUACAUUGAUAUAUCGUGUUGCGAAUUUAUUUUUUAAGCCUAAACCAAUUUUAGAGUAUUCUUGCAUUUGGUAGCUUUACACGUACAGUUAGUUUUAUAUGUAUUGGUAAUGUGCUUAAAUUUUUUUUUGGU